CAUAAAACCAGUCGGCCGUUGACACGGCACCCAGAACACACCAGAACCCCAGGAGUCACCACAGGCUCCUCUCAAGUCCUCAGCAUCUAUCAGCCCAGAAGACCCUGGCAGCCCAUGAGCAGAGCCCAGAGCUGCGGAUCGACAGGACUUAGCGUGCAGCCCUAAACCGAGAGGAACCAUGAAGGCAUUCAGCAUUGCAGUUGCAGUGACACUCGUGCUCGCCUUCGUCAGCGUGCUGGAGAGCGCCACCGUGCCGCUGGGCGGGCAGGUGGAGGAGGUAGAGGAGGUGAAAAGGGUGGAGGAGGUGGAGGAAAGCAUCAACACUCCAGCAGCUGAACGUCAGGACCUGCUGGCAGGAUACUGGAUGACUGCAGGCCAUUCGAGGCAGAAGAGGCAGAGCCAUCUCGCUCUGUGUCGCUGGUGCUGCAACUGCUGUCGCAACCAGAAGGGCUGUGGCAUUUGCUGCAAGUUCUAGUCCCUCACGUUAAAGUACAAGUCCCACACCUUAAAGUAGUAGUCCCUCACUUUAAAGUUCUAGUCCCUCAGGUUAGAUUACAAGUCUGAAACCUUAAAGCAGUAGUCCCUCAUUUUAAAGUUCUAGGCCCUAACCUUAAAUUUCUAGUCACUCAGAGAUUCUAGUCUCAGAGAACCAUUAAAGGGUAACUACUAGCCAGGCUCACCUGGGAGUCUGCUGCCCCCUAAAGGUGAAUCGCUGUACUGAGUAAUGAUGUCCACAGUCUACCUGCGGCCUAACCCUUAGCUGCUCCUUAAUGACAUGUAUCUGAAUUAUUUGGAUUAAUGCUCCUACUAAAUGAUUAAAAGUAAAUGUGUUGUUUUCAACCUGGGAUCUUAAGAGUGGUAGCAGAUACUGUGGCGUUUUCAAUCUCUCUAAUGUGUAAUGCUGUGUUGUAUCUUGUAUGUUUUGAUUUACUUUCUACAGGAUUUAAAUGUGUGACUAAUUAAGAUAUCUAUUUUUCUAUUUAUUGUUAAUAUGUAAGCUUUUGCUAUCCUCUAUUUUGUAAACUAAAUGAUAUGUAAAAAUUGUUUUUGGUUUCCAAUAUGAAACCUUGUCUGAAAAUGUUCAAUAUUCAGUGUUAAAUAAAUACAGAAGAUCAAAAUAAAAUGUGUUGC